UUUCAACUGGACAUCUUAUUUUACAACUGCAAAUUAACUCGAUACACGAAGGGUAACUUUAAUUAGUUCCCAUUGUCUGUUUGUUUCCUUGCCAUCUUUUUUGCCACUUUUCAGCUUCGGAUAAUUACCAAGUUAACAUCCUUGCCUUCUCAUAUCUGCUGUAAUUUUUAUUGUGAACCAACCAUCUACAAUCGCCAUUUUUCAUCAGUUUCAGUAAUUUUGUGCUGAGCUAAGUGCUUUAAAACAAGGUUAAAAUGGCUUCCGUUAAAGUUGCUGUGAGAGUUAGACCCUUCAAUAAUAGGGAAAUUGAAAUGGGUAGUUCGUGUAUCAUAAGAAUGGAAGGUAAAAAGACUGCAAUAAUAAAUCCAAAUCCUCGCCCAGAUUUACUUGAUAACACUGCAAGUCCAGUUUUUGAUGGUUCACGUAAAGAAUUUACAUUUGAUCACUCUUAUUGGUCUUUUGAUGAAUCUGAUAAAGACUUUUCAUCUCAAGAGGAAGUUUAUGAAGAUUUGGGUAAACCAGUGGUGGAAGAUGCUUUUGAAGGUUACAAUGCAUGUAUAUUUGCUUACGGUCAAACAGGUUCAGGAAAAACCUUCACCAUGAUUGGAUCUCCUGGUAAUGAAGGAUUGAUUCCACGAAUAUGUAAAAAUUUAUUUGUUAGAAUGAAGAUGGAAUGUAACAAAGAGAGCUCAUAUCGAACAGAAGUCAGUUAUCUAGAAAUCUACAACGAAAGAGUAAAAGAUUUACUUGGAAAAGGUGAUCAAAGUUUAAAAGUCCGCGAACAUCCAAAACUUGGUCCUUAUGUCCAAGACUUGUCCAAACAUUUGGUAACUGAUUUCCGUGACGUUGAAGAACUGAUGGCUCGAGGUAAUGCUCGUCGUACUACUGCUUCAACGGGAAUGAAUGACACCAGCAGUCGAUCUCAUGCUAUUUUCACCAUAGCCUUUUCACAAGCAACAUUUGCUGGUAAAACACCACGUGAAACACUUAGUAAGAUUAAUCUAGUCGAUUUGGCUGGUAGUGAACGAGCUAUGGCAACUGGUGCUAGUGGACAAAGAUUAAAAGAAGGAGGACAUAUAAACAAAAGUUUAGUCACAGUUGGUUCAGUUAUUAAAGCACUCGCAGAAUCAAGUCAACAAAAUUCUAGCCCAACGACUCCUAAACAUGUUUUUAUUCCAUAUAGAGAUUCAGUUCUUACCUGGCUUUUAAAAGACAGUCUUGGUGGUAACUCUAAAACAGUUAUGAUUGCUACCCUUUCACCCGCAGAUUGUAAUUAUAGUGAAACUUUAAGUACUUUACAUUAUGCUAACCGAGCCAAAAACAUUAUCAACAAACCUACCAUUAAUGAAGAUACUAAUACCAAACUUAUUCGUGAUUUGCGAGCCGAAAUCGAUAGGCUUAAAUCUUUACUUGGCGAUCAUCCUACUUUUAUAGAGAAAGUCCAUGAAAAUGAAGCAAAAGUAAAGAUGCUGACCGAAGAAUGGACAGAGAAAUGGAAAGAAACUCAAAGAAUUCUUAAAGAACAAAAAUCUCUUGGACUUCGAAAAGCUGGUCUUGGUAUAAUUUUAGAUUCUGACUGUCCACAUUUAUUGUCAAUUAAUGAUGGCUUACUAAGCUCUGGAAUGACUCUUUAUCAGCUCAAAGAAGGUAGAACACGAAUCGGAACUGAGUAUGGAGUGGCCAAGCAAGACAUUAAUCUUCAAGGAUUUGACAUAGAAGAUGAACACUGUUACAUUGAUCUCGAAGAUGGUGUUGCUACGCUUACUCCAAUAAAUAACUCAUUGUGUUUCAUAAACACUAUACGCAUUGAAGAGCCAACACGUCUGGUUCAUGGCUGUGUAAUAAUGUUAGGAAGAAAUAACAUGUUUCGAUUCAAUGAUCCUGGAGCUAUAAACAAGCUGAAAACGGGAAGGAAUGAUCAUAACUCAUCUUUACUGAACUUAUCUAAAAUAAUGAGUCACUCAACGGAAUUAGCCAAAUCGUGGGAUAAUUUAUGGUCUCAAGUAAACGAAGGAGAAGUUUUUGAAAAAGGAGUUGAUCUUGUUGAUAUCGAAGAAAAGCGCCGAGAAAUUGAAGAACUUGAAGAGGAACAUCGAAGAGCAGAACAGCGUCGAAUUGAAGAACAACGAAGAGCUGAUCAAGAGUUAGAGAUUAAACGUAAAGACUUAGAAAAGUUGAUCAAAGAAAAUGAACUUCUUGAAAAGAAAAGAAUUGAAACUGAGACUGAACUCAAAAUGAUGAGAGAAGAAAUGGCCAAUAUUAGUGUAAAUACUGGUGACGAAACUCUUGAAGCGUGUACAAAAUGUUCUUGUUCUGACACUGAUAUCGAAAUAAGUGAUUCAAAUGGAUUAAAUGACGAGACAAGGAAAAAGUUAAGCAAUGGUGAUCGCAGUGAUGACCAAAUUGAUAUUAAAUUGUUUUCUCCAUCAGUUACAUCAACACCCUGUCAAUGUAAUAACAAUAAUGGAAUAUCAGAAGAGAAGAGCUUGUUCGACAAAUUAUCCGAAUUGAAAGCUUUCGAGGAACGAUUAAUUGCCAUGGAAAAAAAUUUAAAUGAGCAAAAAUCUCUGUUUGAAAUGCAGCGUGCUAAAGAAUUGAGCCAAAUACAAAAGGAGAAAGAUAAUCUAAUUGAAAUGGAGAAACAAGCUGAACUUGAUAUGUUUAUUGAAAGAGAAGUGCAACGUCGACUUCGUGAUCAUCAAAUGAAAUGUGAGAAAACAUGGAGAGAAGGAUUAGAAUCUCGAGCCAAUGAUUAUCUAAGAAUAACAACAUCAUCGCCGACUCUAAUGUUGGCUGAGGAGAUGGAAGAGGAUGAAGAUCAAGUUCAUAUUAAAAUCCCAUCUUAUAAAUGGAUUGAAAGAACUUUCGAUUCACACUAUGAAUAUACAAUUAUCAUUUAUAUCAAUGGUCAUCGGUUAACGAUUCACCGAAGAUAUCGUCAAUUUCGAGAAUUUCAUUUAUCGUUAGAAAGAACUUAUGGAACCAGAGAAACAAUUAUGUUGCCCUAUUUCCCUCCAAGAAAAAUGUUUUGGACGAAAUCAUUGACUUCCCUGGCUGAAGAAAGGCGUAAAAGUUUGGAAAAAUAUCUUCGAAAAAUAAUUCCAAUGUUCAUUCGUAUCCAUGAUUGUCCACUUAAUUACAAAGCUCAAGGAGCCAAGAAACUGUCACUCUCUCAUCUUCUUCAAUUUUCAAAUUUCUUUAAAGAUGAUGUCCCGGAUAUUGAAGAUUAACUAGUCUUUCAUCGUGUAAAUCAGAUUUCUAUAAUCAUUAUUAUUAUCGUAAUUAUUCUUCCAAUUACCAAUUAUUUGAAUCAUACUGUCUAAAGACUGACAUAACAUGCAAGUUCGUCAUAAAUCUCAACUCAUCUUCCAAUCAUAAUCACAAUCAUAGAUCUGUUGAUUCAUAAUUUCAUCGCCUUUUCUUCAAACAAACAUUUGAAGCAUCACAUAAAAAAUGGUUAAAGAAGUUACUAUUUCUCCCUUUAUCUUCUAUUCCUAUUAUUUGGAUGGAAUAAGCGGAAAAUCACUCAAAGACAUCAAUAUUUUAUCAAUGCUUCCAAAAGGUUACUUUUAUUGCCUUAAACCUAUUGCUUUUAAAAAUAACCAACGUUUCUGGUUUACCAAACUUCGUUUCUUCACAAUCAACAAUAAUGCAAUUUAUAUGUUAAAUUUUUGUUGGAAAAGAUUAAGAAAAAAUUAUUGCAUUUAUAAAAGUCGCAUGUCUUUUCAUU